UUUGAAGUGCACACACAGAGAAGUCGGUUUGAGGAACAGCCCGGAGGAUUUCUACCGCGUCUGUUGUGACUCCAUGAAACACUAACCUGGGCAGAGACGCGGAGAGGAACACGUUUACAUCGGUCUGCUGUGACGGGCCAGAGAACACGGGACCACGGCGGAGGCUGCUGCUGCUGCUGUAGCGCAGCCUGUUGUUGCAUGGGACUACUUUUAUUUUGACUUUACACUGCGCUGUGUAAUCAGUGAGGAGGCUACACUGGGCUACACUGGGCUACACGGAUGAGUGAAGAGGAGCUAAGAAGCUCCCCCGCUGCUUUUAGAGAGUGAGGAGGAUUAUAGGCUGUGGAGCUCGGUGGAGGCACGACGGCACUCACAUUGCAACCGGAGCUGGAGCCAUGAGCAGGGCGCUCACGGAGCACAACAGCAGUAGCUUCCGAGAAGAUGCUCCUCGUCCUCCGGUACCGGGGGAGGAGGGAGAGGCGUCAUGCUACAACCCCAGCAGAUCUGCCAAAAUGAGAGCGCAGAGCAAGGUUAAAGAAACCCCCGCCGCUGCCUCCGCGCCUCCCGGUUCCACACCGCGGAGGAACGAGGAUGGACUCGGGGAGCCAGAGGGCAGCGCGUCCCCGGACUCCCCCUUAGUCCGGUGGACCAAGUCCCUGCAUUUUCUCCUGGGCGACCAGGACGGCGCUCACCUCUUCAGGACCUUCUUGGAGCGGGAGAACUGCGUGGACACUUUGGACUUUUGGUUCGCCUGCAACGGCUUCAGGCAAAUGGACUUAAAGGAUACCAAAACGCUGAGAGUUGCCAAAGUUAUUUUCAAGCGGUACAUCGAGAACAACAGCAUUGUCGCCAAGCAGCUGAAACCCGCCACCAAGACCUUCCUAAGGGAUAGUAUUAAGAAACAGCAAAUCGAUUCUGCCAUGUUUGACCAGGCGCAGACGGAGAUUCAGUCCAACAUGGAGGAGAACGCGUACCAGAUGUUUUUGACCUCUGACAUAUACCUCGAAUACGUGCGCGCUGGCUGCGAGAACGCAGGCUACAUGAACCACGGCGCCCUCGGCAGUCUGAAGCUGAUGUGCGGAUACCUGCCUCCUCUCAUGGAGGAAGAGGAAUGGAGUUGUUCUGACCUGAAAGCAAAAACCUUACGGUCUGUGGUUGGACUGUCAGCCAAAACCCUGAGGGCCACUGCUACCAUCCGGACAGCAGCUGAAAUCCUGGAGAACAGUUGCAGGUCCCAUCGUCGAGGCGACCCCGCCAGCCCCUACUUUGUCAACUCUGGCUACAUAUUUGCCCCCGCCACCAGUGCCAACGACAGCGAGAUCUCCAGCGAUGCCACGACAGACGAUUCCAUGUCCAUGACAGACAGUAGUGUAGAUGGAAUCCCUCCGUACAAGCUGGGCACCAAGAAGCAGCUCCAGAGGGAGAUGCACCGCAGCGUCAAGGUCAAUGGCCAGGUUACGCUACCCCACUUUCCUAGGACAUACCGGCUGCCUAAGGAGAUGACUCCUGUUGAGCCCUCUGCCUUUGCCGCCCAGCUCAUAGCCCGGCUGGAGAAGCUGAAAAGAGAGCAGGACACCAUGAGCUCGUUGGAAGAGAGGCUGCAGCAGAUCCAGGAGGAGGAGGAAAGAGAGGAGAGCAGUGACCCGGCCAACAACACCUCCCUCCAUCACCCUCUGCUCCCAUCUGGCAGUCAAUGCGAGGAAGACCCGCAGGCUAUCUUAGACGAGCACCUGUCCCGUGUCCUGAAGACACCCGGCUGCCAGUCACCAGGUGUAGUGCGGCACUCGCCGCGCUCACGCUCCCCAGACCGGACGGGUGCGGUCGUGUCGGCGGGUCACGGGCCUCUUUUCAGUGGUUUUCCUGGGGCCAAGGUUCUGAUGACGGGCAGGCAGUCCACGAAGCACAUCCACCAUCACUACAUCCACCAUCACCACGCUGGGCUGAAGACCAAGGAGCAGAUUGAGGCUGAGGCAGCUCAGCGUGUGCAGUGCCUCUGCCCUCCCGGGGGCGCCAAUUAUUCUGAUUUCAGCCCUGCUCGCUGCAGCACUUUGUCCAAACGGCCGCUCAAGGCCCUGGAUGAGGGCGUGUCCUCACCACGCCUUCCCUUAGAUGCAACUGAUCGCUCUCAGAAUGUUUGGCAGUGGAUCCUAGAGAGUGAGAGACAGGGCAAGCACAAGCCACACAGCACUCAAGGCCUGAAGAAAUCCAGCCCACUUGACUCCAAGAUCCAGCCCGGUCGGACUCACUACUCUUGGGGCGGAGGCGGCAUCGGCAGCGGGAGUCAUCUCCGCGGUCACCACCCUGGUCACCCGUUUAUCCAGGACCCAGCCAUGCCACCACUGCCCCCGCCCAACACCCUGGCCCAGCUGGAGGAGGCCUGCCGCAGACUGGAGGAGGUCUCCAAACCACCGAAACAGAGGCACUCUACAGCAGCCAGCAGCCUUCAGCGAGACAGGAAUCAUCCAGCAGCUGCCUUUCCCGCAGGAGACAACGCUCUCGCCACCUCUGGACUCCAAUCAGACGAGUCUAAGGAACUAGUGGUCACCUACUUCUUCUGUGGUGAGGAGAUUCCUUAUCGCAGCAUGAUGAAGACCCACUGCCUCACCCUGGGACACUUCAAGGAGCAGCUUAGCAAGAAAGGCAGCUACCGGUACUAUUUCAAGAGGGAGAGUGAUGAGUUUGAGUGCGGUGCCGUGUUUGAGGAGGUGUGGGAGGAUGCCGCCGUGUUGCCCAUGUAUGAGGGCAAGGUCCUGGGCAAGGUGGAGAGGAUGGACUAAAGCCACUUUGUUGCCAAACAACCGAUGCCCUUCCUUGCCCAACCAAAAGCUAAACUGUCCCUACAAAAAAAAACUUGAGGAAGUGACUCUGACUAUGUAAUUAACACGAACACUCUGGACUCCCUUUAUUUGUUUUAUUGUUUGUUUUUUUUUUAAUUCCUAAUAUUAAGCUAAACAGAGUUAAUAUAUCCAGCACAAGAGGAGCGAUUGAAGGAAGAUGAGCCAAUGAAGUAUACCGAACCCAGAGGAGGAGCCUCACCUCCCUGACUUUCUCAACCAAUCAGCCUUAGAAACACAAGGGAACGACGUGACAGACUUUUAAAGGCCAAUAUGAGGAGGAGGAGGAUGAUGUUUGGAGGCCAGUGGGGGUGGGAGAGACCCUCACCUCUUCUUGAAUAUAACCACUGAAGAUGUACAUGACUGUUUUGUUGAGAUGUGACGAGAGACUGAUGGUGCGCUCACACCGGCUUCCUGGCCGAGCACUGAAGACGCGGCGGCGGCGGCGCCACCCUGCUCUUAACUCCACACUCCAACAUCGUCACAGAAAUGUCCGUACGUGUGCAUAUACAUACAUGCAAAUAUGUAUAUAUACAUGUAUUAUAUAUAAUAGAUGCUUUUUGUCAUGAGUUGAAAGUUUUUAUUAAGUAUUUAUUGAAAAACAACCCACGCCUUUCCCGUUUUUUUUUUUUUUUUACCCCCUUCCUAAAACUUCUCAAACCCUUUGUCCCUCCCCCUCCCUUAUUUCAGCCAAUGGGCAAGCUGCUUUGAAUGUUGGGAGAAUACUGUGGUGAUAUUGUUUCGUGUGUGAAUUUAUGUUUUUUUUUUUUUUUACUUAACACAAAGGAUGUGACACUAGCCUAGCACCUCCCAUAGCCUUGUAGCCCCAUCUGACCCAAACUAACAACCUGAGCAGUGGUCCCGUCUGAGGCUACAUCCAUACGACUCUGUUUCACCCACUGUUCACGAUACACUGCCAUUUUAGAGCCUCAAAAACAGACUUUUGAAAACUCGGGGGCUGCGUUUCAGUCUGGACAGGCAAAAGUUGAGAACUUUGGAAACACAUUCACUGCCUGCUUCUUAUCAGCCACGACUCAAGUAUUGGCUGUGAAGGAAAAGCUUUGUCAACUACUUACUUACUUUUCACCAUUGAUUCUUAAUUAAUAUUGUUAAUAUUGUUCUCUGCGACUAAGCAAACAACUGCACAGGACAAACUCUUAUUAACACCGGCAUGUGCAUGGCCUCUGUACCUGAACACGCCGUUUUAUUAUGGACACAGAUCUUUUUUUAUUUGAAAAACUCCGUUUUUUAAUAUUAAAACACAGUAAGUCAUGGAUGUAGCCUGAGACUUUCUCCCUCCUUUAUCCUUAUGGGCAAUCCCAGUCUUAAAUGCUGCUGAUAGUUUGUAAUGUUAAGUUUGUCACACUAGCGUUUCCUUGGCCCGUGUUUUUGUCCGUCUGUCAGUCCAGGGAUGGAGCUCAAUCUUUUCUUUUGUUGUGCCUUUGUUUGUGAACCAGGCAUCGCACAGAGGUUUGGUUGUGGUUGUGUGUGUGUAUGUGUAGUUACAGAUAUACACACACACACACCUGAAGCACAAGUUGUAUGCUACAGUCUCAUAAUGGCAGUGUUUACAGCCCACGUGUUAAAAUAACUCGUGCUCACAAGAAGCAGUUUGUGUCACUGAGAGUAACGGAAGUCCGCUAGUGUGUCAAAAACAAACAUAAAAAACACAAAAAAAGGAAGAAAAAAAGUGAACAGUGAAGAAUUAUGGCUUUGAUAUCCUUUAUGAAUGUUGUUACAGUAACAUCGUAUAAAGCAGAGUUCCUGUAUACAUUGUAAUUAUGCAUUCUGAAGUAUGGAUACUGAAACAUGUGAUGCACACACACAGAAACAAAACACACAUCAAACACUAUCGCUGGUGUUUAAUGAGUUCAGCACCUGUGCCUACAUGGAUGCCAUACCAUGUGCUACCCUGUUUCAGGGUUUUAAUAUAUAUCCCUUGAUUCUCAGAAGGGUUUUAUGUUGAAAAGAUAUUUUUAUGCUUUUAAUAAUAUCCUGUAAUCAUGUUUUUUUGUUUUUACACCAUGGCCUCUUUUUUUUGUUUGUUUUUGUUUUGUUUCAUUCUAUCUAAACUGUAAAUUAUACAUUAUAUAAAGAGUUUCAUUUAAAGAUUUACAUGGACCUAUAAUUAUUGUAAUUAUUGAGAGAUGUAGCCUUUAUUAAAGUUUUAUAUUUUUCAAAUGAA